CCAAAAUUGUGUUUUAAAACAACAUUUUGGAUUCAAAGAAUAUCAUCUUCUUCUUUAAGGGUAAGUUGACCAAACCAGAAAGGCAGAUAAACAAAUUCUGCGGACUCUAAAUCUUCCCUCUAAAUGUUGGAUGAUAUCAACCUUGUGAAGGUCUGAAAUGAUUGAAGUUAUUAUGAACGAAACCUUCUUUCUGCAAGAUCUGCCAUGCCAUCAACAGUGGUUAUUGAAUUUCUUCCAUCAUGUGGAUCUCAUCAAUAACAUGAUCCUCAAGACUUUCCAGAGAUCCCCUUCAGUGUCUUAACACAAGAUUCUUGGCUGCAUGUCUCCAUGCUCCAGAGAUAGAUACAAGGUAAAAAGCACAUUUAUGAGUCCAGGAGUUGGACACUUGAGCUUUGAACUACGCCCUAGCCUUGUCUCCCUCGUAAAGAAGAAGAGUAGUAACAAGGUUAAGUCUAAAACUAUUUAAUCAGGAAGUUGUUGAAAAGUGAUUUUCAGAGAAAAAAAAAAGUAUAAAGAUGUCAACUAUGU